GUUUGGCUGGCGAUCUUGAAGCCUUCAAGCGUUCAAGCAUUCAAAAGAUUUUACUUGAAGCCCACAAACCGGCGGCGAUUAUAAGGGACAGCACUAUUAAGAUACCCCAGACCAGCGCGACCAAACCUUUAACUAUCGAUACAUUUGCCGUCGCCGAACACUUAUCAAAGCUCCGAGCGAUAUCCUGAACAGCUUCUAUCGCCCCCCAAACCUGUCAAAAACAAGCAACGAUGUCUUCACCUUCACCUAGCCAUGGCGAGGAGCCAAGAAAGAACAUGGAGCAGAUUACAUUCCGUUUCUGCAGUGAAUGCUCGAAUAUGUUGUACCCAAAGGAAGACAACGACACACGCCAGCUACAGUUCGCCUGUCGCACCUGCCAGUACAGUGAACCGGCUAUUUCAUCCUGUGUUUUCCGGAAUGUAUUGAACAACGCUGUGGGUGAGACGGCUGGUGUCACACAGGAUGUUGGAUCGGACCCAACUCUUCCCCGAUCAAACAAGGCCUGCCCCAAGUGCAAGGCCGAGGAUGCUGUAUUCUUCCAGUCGCAACAACGUUCGGCUGAAACAGGAAUGAAACUCUUCUAUGUCUGCUGUGGUUGCGGUCACAUCUUCCAGUAAUAAUCUACCCGGAGCGUUUUUACACUUGAUAUUGGAGUUGGGGAUUUGGGCGGAAAACAUGUCACAGGCGUUAGGGAAGAUCGCAUAGCUGGAGUUUCGAUCAUGCACAUGAGUUAUUGAGAGGCCGUAAUAAAAUGAUUGGAGAAC